AUGAACGAAGCGGAGGCCACGGAGGUGGAGAACGCGUGGGAGGCGCUCAUGCGGUGGGGCAAGUUCUGGCGAGGGAAGGAAACCAACGGCGCUGACGAGAAGACCACCAAGGUGGUUAUCUUCGGCGGGGGGGCGUUCGGGACGGCGCUGGCGCACAUGCUGGCGCGGAACGAUGCGGAGCUGGACGUGGUGAUUCUACACCGCUUCGAGGAGGACUGCAAGAACAUUAACGAGCUGCACUGUAACAGCGCGUGCCAUCCGGGCAUCAUCCUCCCCAACAACGUGCGCGCCACCACGGACCCCAGGGAGGCCAUCUCGGGCGCGCAGUACGCCCUCCACGCCAUCCCCGUGCAGCCUAGUGCCGCCUUCCUGCAGUCCAUAGCAGCGUACGUGCCACCGACGCUGCCCAUCCUGUGUGUGAGCAAGGGCUUGGAGCUGGGCACCAUGGAGAUGAUGACGGAGGUCAUUCCUCGUGGCCUUGGCAACCCCCGCCAGCCCGUCGUCAUCCUCUCAGGACCGACCUUCGCCGUGGAAAUCAUCCGCGAGCUGCCCACCGCCCUGGUCGCGGCCAGCAAGGACCUGGCUCUGGCUAAGAGGGCGCAGAAGCUUCUUGCGUCGAAAACCCUGCGAGUCAACACCACCACCGACGUGGUGGGGGUGGAGAUGGCGGGCGCGCUGAAGAACGUGCUGGCGAUAGCAGCGGGGAUAGUGGAGGGCAUGCAGAUGGGGAGCAACUGCAUGGCUGCUGUGGUGGCCCAGGGAUGCUCUGAGAUCCGGUGGCUUGCAGAGAAGAUGGGAGCUAAACCCACCACACUCGCAGGCCUGAGUGGCACGGGGGACAUCAUGCUGACGUGCUUUGUGUCCCUCUCCCGCAACCGCACGGUGGGUGUGCGCCUGGGGUCGGGCGAGAAGCUGGAGGACAUCCUCUCCUCCAUGACCCAGGUCGCCGAGGGCGUCGCCACCUCUGGCGCCGUCAUCUCCCUCGCGCGCAAGUACCGCGUUCAGAUGCCCGUGCUCACGGCUGUUGCUCGGAUUCUGGAGGGAAAGCUGGAGCCGAAAGAGGCUGUCAUGGAGCUCAUGAGCCUGCCGCAGGUGAGGAUGUGCUGUGUUGGCUGA